UGUAAACUUCAUAUUAAAGAGUUGAUCAUUUUCAAAAGCAAAAUGGAUAGCUCUGAGAAGAACAAAAACACUUCAGAAAAUGGAAAUAAGUCUACGUCUGACGAAAUUCAGCUAGAUGAUUUUGAUCCAAGAGUGAGCUUUUUAUAUAAGGCUAUGCUGAAUCGUGAUCCAAGAAAAAGGAGAGUCAAGCCUGUGCCUAGAAGUCAGGUUCAGAUCAACUUUGGUGGUCUAGAUGACAGUGAAGAAGAUAGUGAUUUUGAUAUUAGCAAACAUUCAAAAGAAUUUGGAAAAAAUGUUUCUGGUGACACAAAUGAUGAGGAGGAGGACAGUGAUGAUGAUGAUGAUGAUGAGGAUGUCAACUUGGAAGACAAUGAAAUGGAUGAGGAGGAUGACAUCACUGAUGAUGAUGAUGAUGAUGAUGAACAGUUAGAGGAAGAAGAUGAUACUGAUGACGAUGAUGAUGGAGAUGAAGAUAGUGACCAUGAUGAUACUGACCUAGAUAGUAGUAAGGAUGGAGAGUGUUUAGAAACAAACAAAAAGAAAUCUUCUUUCAUGGAAAGCCCAGAAAUAAAAGGUUUAGGACAAGCCUGGGGUAUGAUUGACAGUGAUGAGGAUGAUGAGGAUUAUGUACCUAAGAAAAGAAAGAAAAAGGCCAGUAAAUCUGGCACAGACAAGUCCAGUACAAAUGCCCAGGGGACAAAGAAAAAGAAAACCGAUGCUGAGGCAAGAGAGUCUGCUGCACAGGAAGACCCAGACAGUUAUCAAGAUGCAGCUCCCCAGGGAAGGAUUAAAGUGAUUGUUUGUUGUGUCUGUCUCUCUGAUAGGAGUGCUGAUGAUGACGAGAUUGUAGAAUGUGACAACUGUGGGAUCUCAGUUCAUGAAGGUUGUUAUGGUAUUAGUGAAAGUCACUCCACUGCCAGCACAGAAUCAUCAGCAAGCACUGAGCCCUGGUUCUGUGAUGCAUGUAAAGCUAGCGCUAAGCCUGUAUGUGAAUUGUGUCCCAACACAGGUGGGAUAUUUAAAGAAACAGAUAAUGGAAAGUGGGUUCACAUUGUGUGUGCCCUGUAUACACCAGGUGUGGCUUUUGGUGAUGUUGAUAAACUGAGUCUAGUGACACUGUUUGAGAUGCCUUAUUCUAAGUGGGGAGCCAGGGAAUGCUCACUGUGUGAAGACUCCAGGUUUAGUCAGACUGGUGUGUGUAUCAACUGCGAUGCUGGCAUGUGCAAGGCUUACUUCCAUGUCACAUGUGCUCAGAAAGAAGGUUUGCUGACUGAAGCUGCCCCAGAGGAAGUGAUGGAUAUUGCUGAUCCAUUUUUUGCCUACUGUAAACUUCAUGCUGAUAAGAUUACUUCCAAAAUUAAAAGGCGCAAUUGGUUGGCCAUACAGUCUCAUGUUAAAACUCACACUCCAAGUGUCAUUGCAGAUGAGAAUGAAAAGCUAAGGUUUCAUAGAAAGCUGACUCGUCAUCAGGAGAAAUACAGUAUCACAAAACUGAAACGUCCUCCAUCUUGGGUUCCUACCCAGAAGAUGGUCCGACAUUUACAUACAAGUCCAUCUGCCGUCCGAGGAUUUCUCAGGAAAGCUGAAUUAAUGGGAGUAAUUACACAGGUUCACACAAUUCCAUCAGAGAAACAGGAAGUCAGAAAGAAAGCACUUGGCCAACCAGCCUUCACUGCUGAAUUCAUCAACUAUUUUAUGGAUCGUAAUGUGAAAGUAGAUAACUUAAAACACACUCUUGCUGAUUUGAUCUCACAGAAUAAUAAGCUCCAGACACAGGAGAAAGUAGUCAGGAAGCAAUACGAUCAGCUGAACAAUCAAGUGAAUGAGCUAAAACAAAAAGGGAACUCAGUGAGAUGUGAAGGGGAGUCACUGUGUGGAAUACUGCAGGACAUAUAUGGCAAGCCAGUACCCCACAUUCCAGAAGUGUUUAAGAACAGAAAAAGAACUCGAUCUCCUGGAAAGAAAGAGCCCUCAACGUCACCAACCAUCCUCAUUAAUCAGUGUGGAAUAUGUCACAGUACCACUGACCAACAUCUGCUGGCCAAGUGUGACAGCUGUAAGAAACACUACCACCUGGGAUGCCUGGAUCCACCUCUCACUCGCAUGCCAAAGAAAACUAAAUUAUUUGGAUGGCAAUGCUCCUAUUGUGUAAUACCCAGCACUGAUGACUCGGCUAGGAGUGCUCCAGAUGUGGAUGAGCCGCGAAGGCUAAGGGAGACAAUUAAAGAGCCAGACAAAUUUUUUCACUUGAGCCAUAUCCAGGAUUCCAUCAAAAGUCAGGAACAGAAAAGUUUGUUGAGAAAAAGAAAGAGAAAACAAAGAGACACUGCCAGGGCUAGAAGGCUGGCCAGAAACACUGCUAAAGGCUCAAAGACAACACAGAAAUCUCCUAGCAGAGCCAAAGCUGGCACUUCUAAAACUGUGAAGCCUUCUAGUAGAAGUAAGGCAGCAACCUCUUCAUUACACAGUGCUUACUUUGGUCUCAGAGAAGGGGAGACUAUCUCAGAUAUGCCCAUCACUUGUGUUGUGUGCAAUAAGGAUGGCUUGAUCACUGACACAGUCAGGUGUGAUGAAUGCAUGCUGUCCUAUCACUUGAAGUGUCUUGAACCUCCCAUGAAAAAGUCACCAAAGGUCAGAGGUUACAUGUGGCAUUGUGAAGCUUGUGACAUGAUGGACAGUUCAAAUGAAGAGUUGAUAGAAACAAGAAGAGAAGAGAAAAGAUCUAACACAACAAGAACAGUCAACAGAGACGCCAGUUAUGAGGCUUCCCUUGACUUGGAAGUGAACUCAGACAACUCUAACUAAACCAAAUGUGUCAUCGUCUCAAACAAAAGCUAUGGCUUUAAACUAAAUAGGUCCUAUAAUGAAAGCAGCGAUAGGACUCAUUUGACCUACCAAAGAAUGUACUUAAUUUGUGUAAAGCUUAUGAUAGAUAUAAAUUUGUAGAUUGUCAAGUACUAUGUAUAUGCACCACAGAUGUAUUAACUUAACCAAUGUAAUUUCUGUAUAUUUGUAUCAUAACACUGCCUUAUUAGUAUUUUGGUAACAACAUAAUCUUGUUAUUGGCUGGUUUCCAUGAAAACUUAAGCCAUUCUUGAUUCCAUUUGAUUGCUUGUUUUUUUGUUUUUGUUUUUUUGUUGUUCAAUUGUAUGUAAAUAAUGUUUUGUAAAUACUUUGUCAGAUCAGAUGUUUCAAUUCAUUGCAAAACGAAAAUGUUAUACUGCUGUGGUGUGUACAUUAAAAAUCUUAGAAUAGG